CCUCCUACGAGUACGUCCCUCGUUCUCCUCUGCUUUUCUUCUUCACUGAAAUCGCUACUUGGAGACAGCCACGCGAUCAUCGAUAUCAAUCAAUGGCGACAAAGGUGUAUAUAGUGUACUACUCCAUGUACGGGCAUGUUGAGAAGUUGGCUGAAGAGAUAAAAAAAGGUGCCGCCUCUGUUGAAGGAGUAGAAGCUAAGCUGUGGCAGGUACCUGAAACACUUCCUGAAGAGGUGCUGUCAAAGAUGAGUGCACCUCCUAAGAGUGAUGUACCAAUCAUCUCGACUGAUCAGCUUUCUGAGGCUGAUGGGCUCCUACUUGGUUUCCCGACAAGAUUUGGUAUGAUGGCAGCUCAGUUCAAAGCUUUUCUCGAUGCAACUGGUGGGCUCUGGAGAACACAGCAGCUUGCAGGUAAGCCUGCUGGUAUCUUCUACAGCACUGGAUCACAAGGUGGCGGACAAGAGACUACUCCAUUGACAGCAAUCACUCAAUUGGUUCACCAUGGAAUGAUCUUUGUUCCCAUCGGCUACACCUUUGGCGCCGGUAUGUUCGAGAUGGAGAAAGUGAAGGGAGGAAGUCCAUAUGGUGCCGGCACAUUAGCCGGCGAUGGAUCCAGAUUUCCAACAGAGGUAGAACUGGAGCAAGCUUUCCACCAGGGUAAAUACUUCGCAACCAUUGCUAAGAAGCUCAAGGAAUCAUCUUGAUCUGGUAACAGAAGUUUAGUUGGUAAAGUUUUCAUGAACAGAUUAUAUAUUCCUAAAAUAUAAUCGCUUGGAGUUAUGCAUAAGUGUGGUCUUAUGGUUCUUAUUGCUUGUGUGAUUGAUAUAUCCUAUUUGCUUUCAAGUAUGCAUGAUGGAGAAAGGUUUUUUGUGAAGUGAAUUGUGUUGUUUGCUUUCUAUGUGUGUAAAAGCUCUCUUGAUCGAUUUAAUGUUUCAAAAAUAAUCUUUUUAUUGUGAUAUUUGACGUUAUUGUAUUUGAUUGAAUAUAUAUUCAAAAUAAGUUUGUACUUAAGUUUAGAAGUUCUA